AUGUCGACUACAUCUCGAGUAAAGGCACAACCCUACUUUGUGACUGAUGAUAAGCUGAAGUACCUGCCGCCCUACCUUCAGGGAGUAUGCGAAACUCCCAAUGAGGUAGAAUGUAAAACCUCAGGAGUUUGGCCUGACUGGGUCAAUGGCUCUUUCAUUCGCAUGGGAGUUGGUCGUUAUGUCAUUCCUCUGUCUGAGGACGGCUCAAAGCCCAAUGCAGUAUCGCAACACUGGUUCGACGGCUUAGCUAUGCUCCACAAGUUUCGUAUGGAAGACGGCCGCGUUUACUACAACAGUCGAUACACCGCCGAGGGGGUAGUCAGGAAGGCCAAGAAGAAUGGCUUUUUGCAGACUUUGAUGGCGGGGUUAAAUGCAAACACACCGCUCAAGGACGCUCAAGAUCCUUGCUCGGCACUUCUUGGUGCUCAACAAUCCGUCUGGAUCCCCACGGGCCACGUUGGCCCUGAUGAGUUCAACGUCAACAUUCUACCUCGCAGAAGUUUCCAUAUUCCUACAAACGGAAAUCCAUACGACAAAGGCACCCCAUCUGAGAGGCCGGAGAAAGAAGAGAUUCUCGUCUCCACCGACUUCAACAUGCUCCAAGUCGUUGAUGGAAAAACGCUUGAGCCCAAGCGAAUGCUCACCUAUGCCACUAUUGAUCCCGAGCUCGAAGGAUUCGGUAUCUGCUCGCAUAUUCUCAAAGACCGGCACAGAGGUGAGGAAUUCAACUACCUCAUCAACCCGAAAACUGGCGUCUUAUCGAUAUUUGCACUCGACAUCAAGUCAAACCCUUCCAAACUGUUGUGGAAGACUCCUCUCCCUGCUUGCAGGCCAUGCUAUGUCCAUUCAAUGGCCAUGUCUAGCAACUAUGUAAUAUUCAUUCGCAACCCUAUCUCCAUGGACUUGUCGGAUACCACUAAGGGAUUCCUUCAAUCUAUGAUCUAUGAGCCUGACAGCCCUACCGAAUUUUACGUACUCGACAAGAUCACUGGAAAGCACAUCGCUUCAUACAAUCUUCCAGAUAACAUCAUGUUCUUCCAUUCCGUAAAUGGCUACGAUUACGUGGAUUCCCAUACGAACGAGGUCAAUAUCCACAUUGAUCUCUGUGCAUACACAGAUCGCGUCCCUUACAACGACUAUCACCUCAGCAACAUCCUGGAUCCUAGUGCGCCAUUCCAAGAUGGUGUCUUGGUACGCUACGAGCUUGAAAGCGUGGGAAAAGCUGAUGCUACCACAUUCACACAGGCUACGACCAAGGCUGCAAUUGGAGGCACAUUCCUAGAGCUGCCUCGGAUUGCCAAGAGCGCUUCCAUGGUCCAUGGUUAUCGUUAUGUCUACGGCAUCUCAGGCCAUGGUGGACCAUCCCCCGGUACUAGUGUCCCCAUUGGCCGCUUAGGAAACGGCUUGAAAGCGGUGCAUUGCAGUUUUCUCAGUCACGUUACCAAGUGCGAUUGGGAGACUGGAACCUUUAAGGAAUGGUGGCCGGAGAAUGGGGAGAGCGCACCUUGCGAGCCUAUCUUUAUCCAACGUCCAGGAGCUAGAGACGAGGACGACGGCAUCGUGCUCACCAUCGUCAUCAAUCGCGAUGCUACUCACAGCGUUCUUGUUGCCAUCGACGCGAAGACGUUCAAGGAGGUUGCUCGUGCCGAUAUGCCACAAGUUUAUGCUUUGGGGCCACACGGAACUUUCAUUGAGGGAGAAUUUGGUAUCUAA